CCCGGGGCCCCCACCUCACUCCCUGAUACAUGAGGAAAUGGAUGAACAGAAGAUCCGAGAACUCAUCAACAAGAUGAUGGAGCUGCUGACUGGAGAGGUUCCUAUAAGGUGUCAGGACGUGGCGGUCUAUUUCUCCAUGGAGGAGUGGGAGUAUGUAGAAGGACACAAGGAUCAGUACAAGGAUCAGGUCAUGAUGGAGGAUCAGCAGCCCCUCACAUCACCAGUCAGAUCCAGUAAGAGAACAGCACCAGAGAGGUGUCCCCGUCCUCUUCUUCCACAGGAUGAUCAGGGUGAAGAUCCGAACAAUAUUAAUGCUCCAGAGACAGAUGUGAGCAGUGAUGAGCAGUAUAAGGAGGACAUUCCUACAGGAAAAGAUCUGAUUUAUAAAAAUAUUACAGACAUAAAGGAAGAAGAAGAGACAGAUGUGAGCGGUGAUGAGCAGUAUAAGGAGGACAUUCCAACAGGAAAAGAUCUGAACAAUAUUAAAGCUACAGACAUAAGGGAAGAAGAAGAAGAGACAGAUGUGAGCGGUGAUGAACAGUAUAAGGAGGACAUUCCUACAGGUAACCACCCAGAUUCUUGUAGCAGGAGAUCAGAGGAGAAUCUUAUAUCUUCAGAUUAUAAAGCAGAUGAUGAUAUCACACAAGAUACAUAUGAAGAACAUUCCAUUAUCCCAGAUACACCCUCAGCCCUUCACAGCCAAGAUCUGUCAUCUCAUCCUUAUAUACAGGUCCUGUCUUCUCACUCAUCACAGGAUGUUAAGGAAAAAAGUUACAGAAGGGGUGCUGGACAUCAACGAGCUCAUACAGGAAAGAAACCAUAUUCAUGCUCAGAAUGUGGGAAAUGUUUAAUUAAGAAGUCAAGUCUUGUUGAACAUCAGAAAAUUCACACAGGAGAGAAACCAUUUUUAUGUCCAAAAUGUGGUAAAUGUUUUAUUCAGAAAUCGGCUCUUGUUCAACAUCAAAGAACACACACAGGGGAGAAGCCAUUUUCAUGUUCAGAAUGUGGGAAAUGUUUUACUGAAAACUCAUGUCUUGUUCAACAUCAAAGAACUCACACAGGGGAGAAGCCAUUUUCAUGUUCAGAAUGUGGGAAAUGUUUUACUGCCAAAUCAAAUCUUCUUAAACAUCAGAGAAUUCACACAGGAGAGAAGCCAUUUUCAUGUUCAGAAUGUGGAAAAUGUUUUACUGAAAAAUCACAUCUUGUUAAACAUCAAAGAACUCACACAGGGGAGAAGCCAUUUUCAUGCUUAGAAUGUGGGAAAUGUUUUACUUUUAAAUCACAUCUUCUUGUACAUCAAAGAAAUCACACAGGAGAGAAGCCAUUUUCAUGUUCAGAAUGUGGUAAAUAUUAUACUGAAAAAUCUAAUCUUGUUAAACAUCAAAGAACACACACAGGGGAGAAGGCAUUUUCAUGUUCAGAAUGUGGGAAAUGUUUUACUGAAAACUCAUGUCUUGUUCAACAUCAAAGAACUCACACAGGGGAGAAGCCAUUUUCAUGUUCACAAUGUGGGAAAUGUUUUACUAAGAAAUCAAAUAUUGUUAAACAUCAAAGAACUAACACAGGGGAGAAGCCAUUUUCAUGCUCAGAAUGUGGGAAAUGUUUUACUUUCAAAGGAGAUGUUACUCGACAUAAAAAAACUCACACAGGAGAGAAGCCAUUUUCAUGUUCAGAAUGUGGAAAAUCUUUUACUGAAAAAUCACAUCUUGUUAAACAUCAAAGAACUCACACAGGGGAGAACCAUUCAUGCUUAGAAUGUGGGAAAUGUUUUACUUUUAAAUCAAAUCUUCUUGUACAUCAAAGAAAUCACACAGGAGAGAAGCCAUUUUCAUGUUCAGAAUGUGGUAAAUAUUAUACUGAAAAAUCUAAUCUUGUUAAACAUCAAAAAACACACACAGGGGAGAAGCCAUUUUCAUGUUCAGAAUGUGGGAAAUGUUUUACUGAAAAAUCAGGUCUUGUUCAACAUCAAAGAACUCACACAGGGGAGAAGCCAUUUUCAUGUUCACAAUGUGGGAACUGCUUUACUAAGAAAUCAAAUAUUGUUAAACAUCAAAGAACUCACACAGGGGAGAAGCCAUUUUCAUGCUCAGAAUGUGGGAAAUGUUUUACUUUCAAAGGAGAUGUUACUCGACAUAAAAAAACUCACACAGGAGAGAAGCCAUUUUCAUGUUCAGAAUGUGGGAAAUGUUUUACUGGCAAAUCAAAUCUUCUUAAACAUCAAAGAACUCACACAGGGGAGAAGCUAUUUUCAUGCUCAGAAUGUGGGAAAUGUUUUACUCAGAAAUCAAAUCUUGUUAGACAUCAAAGAACUCACACAGGGGAGAAGCCAUUUUCAUGUGCAGAAUGUGGGAAAUGUUUUACUCAGCAAUCAAAUCUUGUUAAACAUCAAAGAACUCACACAGGGGAGAAGCCAACUCAGAGCAAUAAAUGAUGCAGAUAACACAUCUAUAUAUUCACCAUGUACAUAGGAUAUCUGACAUUUAUACAUAUAUCAUAUACUGCAUCUCCAAACUUGUUACCAAUUGAUAAUAAAAGUUUUCUAUUAGAACGUAGUCACCGAUCCAGCGAUGUCAUCACUAUAGUUUACAUGGUAGGAGAAGAGUGUGAUAUAUGGUUGUGAUAUUCACUGCUCCUCAUGGAGAAGACCCAACAGGCAUAAUCCAUGGGGAGCUGCUACUGGAGACCCAAACACCUCACAGAGAAGGGACUUAUUCCAGUGAUGAAGAAUUCCAGGACGGUCCGGGCUUCACCUGCUGAGACCCUUUUAGAAAGGUUGUGUUAUCCCCGAUCCUAGCUGAUCAUGUGGCGUCCGAUCACUGGACACCUCAGUGUGUGCUCGGCUGUUUCUGCAGCUCCCAUAGUGAAUGUACCUCCUACCUACCUGGGGACACUGGGGUCCCUGUUAUUGAGAUACAGGGGAUAGAUGACACAACCCCCUCACCACCCCGUGAUGUACUUUUAUGUCAUGGGUGGGAUUACUUUCCAGACUGUCUUGGCAGUGUAACCCUAUGUAUGCCGCAGUCAGUACUGAUUGUAGCAUCUAUAGGGUUAAACUGUCUUGCUCCCCCAGUCAUGGCCUCCAGGUCUACCAGGCGCUGUUGCCUAUGAGGCCCGACCUCGGUAACACUGACAGUUAUACUGCGCUGUAGUACAGAUGUAUGGUGGUGAAGUAUAACAGCGAUUAGACGAAAGAGAUCAGUGUGUGCAGUGUUAUAGUCUCCUAUGGGAUAAUAAUGAUCAGUAUAAGAGAUCAGUGUGUGCAGUGUUAUAGUCUCCUAUGGGAUAAUAAUGAUCAGUAUAAGAGAUCAGUGUGUGCAGUGUUAUAGUCUCCUAUGGGAUAACAAUGAUCAGUAUAAGA